GUACCUCAAAAUCACUCGCGAAUGGCAAAAAACGAAGCAUAUCACAGCAGAGAAGAGUGAACCAAAAAUGGCCUCGAAGAACAACACCAACAACACAACUCUAUGCUCUGUCUCUUCUCUGUUUCUCUCACUCUCUCUCCUCUGCAUUCUCUCACUCUCUCUCUUCUUCUUCCUCUCCUACACAACCCACCAAUCCCCAUCUUCACUUUCCCAAGCUACCCCUUCAUUCCCCUCCAAUCCCAUCAAAGUCUACCUCGCAGACCUACCCAGAUCUCUCAACUACGGUCUCUUGGAUAAAUACUGGUCCUUGGACACCGAUUCGAGGCUCGGAAGCGAAUCAGAUAAGGAAAUUCGAUCGACCCAUUUGUGGAACAAAAGGCUUCAAUACCCACCCUACCCGGAGAAUCCACUGAUCAAGCAGUACAGUGCGGAGUACUGGAUCAUGGGUGAUCUGAUGACCCCUGAGGAACUCAGAACUGGGUCGUUUGCGAAGCGGGUUUUCGAUGUCGGCGAGGCCGAUGUUGUUUUCGUUCCGUUUUUCGCGACCUUAAGCGCCGAAAUUCAGUUGGGUGUGGGAAAAGGAGCGUUUAGGAAGAAGGUGGGGAAUGAGGAUUAUGAGAGGCAGAGACAGGUGGUGGAUCUUCUCAAGACUUCUGAGGCUUGGAACAGGUCUGGUGGUCGUGAUCAUGUUUUUGUUCUUACUGACCCUGUUGCAAUGUGGCAUGUCAGAGCUGAGAUUGCCCCAGCAGUUCUCCUAGUGGUGGAUUUUGGUGGGUGGUACAGGCUUGACUCAAAAGCAUCUAACAGUAAUACAUCAGUUAUGAUACGACACACCCAGGUUUCACUGCUGAAAGAUGUAAUUGUGCCAUACACACAUCUGUUACCUAGGUUGCAGAUAUCAGAAAACCAGAAACGUCCGACCCUUCUUUAUUUCAAAGGAGCUAAGCAUCGGCAUCGGGGAGGGCUGGUUCGAGAAAAAUUAUGGGACUUGUUGGUUAACGAACCCAGAGUUAUUAUGGAAGAAGGCUUCCCUAAUGCCACUGGAAAAGAGCAGUCAAUAAAAGGGAUGAGAACAUCAGAAUUCUGCUUGCAUCCAGCUGGAGACACCCCCACUUCGUGCCGACUGUUCGAUGCCAUCCAAAGCCUCUGUAUACCUGUUAUUGUCAGCGACAACAUCGAGCUCCCAUUUGAAGGGAUGGUGGAUUAUUCAGAAUUUUCUAUUUUCAUUGCAGUUAGUGAUGCUUUGCAACCAAACUGGCUUGUGCGUCAUCUAAGAAGCUAUUCUGACAAGAAAAAGGAUAUAUUUCGCCAAAAUAUGGCUCGAGUUCAGCCCAUUUUUGAGUUUGAUAAUGGCCAUCCUGGUGGUAUUGGGCCUAUCUCACCUGAUGGUGCUGUAAAUUACAUAUGGAGGAAGGUCCACCAAAAAUUGCCCGUGAUUAAGGAAGCUAUUAUUCGGGAAAAGAGAAAACCGUCAGGUGUAUCUGUUCCACUUCGAUGCCAUUGUACCUGAAUUUUGAAGGAAAGGACUGCAAUGGUAUGUUUUCAAGUUCUUUUUGUAACAUUUUUUUUUUUUUUUUUUUUUAAAUUCCCUUCUGUUUUUUCUUAGCUGUGUCUAGCCUGUUCUUAGAAAUAUUGUUGGGAUGAUUGGUUUAUCUGGCUUUGCUAUAUAUUCAAAUUCAUGAUUUAGUUGGAAACAUUCAAUUCUCCAUUAAUAUAGCUUCUAUUAUUUGUAGUUUUA